AUGCACACAGAUGCCAAGAUGCUCUAUGCACGCAAUAGACCAAAACAACCACUGCCACAGAAGGGCGCUGCCACUGGCAGUAUAAUCGGGGGUAUUAUUGGAGCCAUACUUGUUCUCGCCCUCAUCGCCACUGCUGUGAUCUUGAUCCGCAAACAGUGCUGUAACAAAGAUGGCCCUCCAACCUACAAGCCUCCUCCUCCUGUGAAGCACUCCAAGAUCCCAGACACAAUGACCUACACUGAAGAUACUCAUAGUCCACUUACCUACUAUGAGACUCAAAAUGCAGAACCAGUGACCGAUCUGGACUCGUACCACGGUGAGGACGAGGAUCUGCCAAGCCAACUUGACCACAAAAUCCCAAACAGCUGGGAGGAGAGAGACAUGCAGCCUCCAUAUUACGAUCACAGAGAGCUGGAUGGUCAAGGCCAGCUCCAUUUGCCCUCCAAUCUCGCUAGGGGUGACAGUUUUGUUUCCGACCCCAUUAACGUGUAG